AUGACCCUCCCCUGCCCUAACUGGCUUCGCGUAGUCCUCCUCGGUCUCGAGAUCACAGUGUUCCUUCCUCAAAUCUGGCGGAUCUGGUCCCAGAAAACGAGCACUGGCCUUUCCCUCCUCUACAUAUUUUUCAAUCUCCUCAGUACCACCGAACGCUUUACCAAUGCUUUCUUCGGAGCCGUCAACUGGACCAUCGCUGGCGCCGAUGCACCAGGCUUUUUCGUCCACAAUCCUAGAACAAUCGGCGAUUGGCUGAACCUAGUGCAGCUGGGUGUCGAUUGGGUGCUGCUCUUGCUUCUCUUCAUUUUAUGUCUCACUUACCCCCCUCCCCACUAUCGCAGUCAGGCACACACGCGCAUCCUUAGCGCAAUCCUGUACACGACGUUUGCUCUCAUUUCCAUCAUCCCGCUCUUCAUAGACGCUCUCUUCCCCUCGAUCUUUCACGAACCUGGUGAGCGUCAACCCGACUUCGGCGUGGCGAUAUUUGCAGGGUUUCAUCUCUUCUUCCUUAAUACUAUAUUCACCCUUCUCUGCAUUUGCUCGAUUAUCCCCCAGGCUAUUCAACUCCGCUCGCUGUCGUUGGAUUCGGGCGUGGUGAGGGUCCGUGAUUUGGUUCUCCAAGCGGUCGUAUUGACCAUGCUGGCUGUCUCGUGGGUGUUUCGGGUGAGUCUCCCGAGUGGUGUCGAUGUCCUGACGCCGUUCCGAUCCAUUGUUUGGUACGUACGGGUUGGUUGGCCGGCUGGAGGCACGGUGGUGUUUGCGAUUGUUCAUGGGGGGUUGGCUGUCUUGGGGAUGAUGAGAAGAAGGAGAGUAGGUGGCAGUGUUGGUGGUGAAGGAGAAACAGAUCCACUCAUGGGAGGGUCGAGGAAUGUGGUUGAGGAGCGUGCUUAG